AUGAAUGGCCGCAACACAAGCAAGGUCCAUAAUCAAAAGAUGCCGUUUGGCCAAAUGCCGGUGCUUGAGAUCGACGGUCAAAAGCUUGCGCAAUCUUUCGCUAUUGCUCGAUUUCUUGCAAAAAAGUUUGGCCUCGCGCCAAAGUGCCCCUUCGAGGAGGCGCUCGUCGAUUCCAUUAUGGAUCAGUACAAGGAUUUCCAAAAUGAAAUUCGCCCAGUGUUUAGAAUCAUUGCGGGAUUUGCAGAAGGAGAUCUUGACAAACUUACCAAGGAUGUGUUCCUCCCCGCUCGUGACAAAUUUUUCGGAUUCAUGACAAACUUUCUGAAAAAGAACAACACUGGGUAUCUCGUUGGCAGCUCCAUAACCAUAGCCGAUCUUCUUCUUGCCGAGUUUUCCGCUGAGUUCUCCAAAAACGUCUCCAAUCUAUACGAUGGAUUUCCGGAGAUCAAGGCUCAUGCCGAGAAAAUUCGCUCGCAUCCCGCUCUUAAGAAAUGGAUCGAAACUAGACCCCAGACCAAUUCCAUAACCAUAGCCGAUCUUCUUCUUGCCGAGUUUUCCGCUGAGUUCUCCAAAAACGUCCCCAAUCUAUACGAUGGAUUUCCGGAGAUCAAGGCUCAUGCCGAGAAAAUUCGCUCGCAUCCCGCUCUUAAGAAAUGGAUCGAAACUAGACCCCAGACCAAGUUUUAG